AACUUCACUCUACACACUGAACUCAGAGCAAGUGUUCCUGAAUUCACUAUCUCCUGCCGUACUCAUGGAGGACCUGCCACAACUGUCCAGUGGACAGUAAAUGGAGUCCCAGUACAGGAAGACAGAUAUCAUGAGACCAGUCAGCUCAUACUGGACACAUCUCUCAACUCUGUCUAUGACAACAGAUUGAGAGUGAGAGGAAGAAGAAAUGGGACCUACAACUGUACCAUCAGCAACAAUAUUAGAGAUUAUCUUCAACAUGGGGUAUCUGUUACCCAAGUUAAUGACACCCUAAAUAUAUCUGUUGCAGGAGAGCCCACUGGUCUUACUGCAGUCAUCUCUGAGUCCAACAGUACACAUGUCAAUAUCACUGUGUCUUGGGAGUCACCAGGUGAUCCUGUCACUGGCUAUGUCAUCUACUACCAGCCUAAGGGAGGACCAGUCAUCAGUGACAGGGUGUCUGGAGGAGAGACAGACACACACUCACUGGAUGGUCUUCAGAGAGGAGUCACCUACUACAUCUCCAUAGUGGCUCUGUCACCUCACCUACCCAGUCCUCCUAUCCCUCUCUAUUAUUUGCAACCAAUUCAGCUUAGAGAGUUGUGUGGGGAGAGUGACAGUGUUCUGGAAGUCACGGGAGCUGUUGGUGGUGCAAUGGGCCUUGUAAUCGUCGCUCAGUCCGUACUCAUCAUGUUCCUUCUUCGACCAAAGCCCCAAAAGAGACCAAAGAAAAAGUCCUCUGCUAGUACAAGUGAGUCCAGACCAGCCAGCUACAGGGUUGCAUCCAGACCAGCCAGCUACAGGGAUGCCUCCAGGCCAGCCAGCUACAGGGUUGCCUCAGUGCAUGGUUUGGAUCUCCAAUCAAUCACUCCCAAUACACCAACGAGAGGGUCCAUACACAUGGGAAUUGAGGAAGUGGAGACUUGCAAUAACUCAGUCUAUGCAGCAGUGGUACUGGGGGAGGAGGAGCCCGACUACGAAUUCAUCAGGUCACAGUCAGUAGCGCCCAGUGAACACAACACAUCUCUUCCAGCCAGUCAAAACUGAACAAGCGGUUAACGAGAUGGCCAACAAGAACACAUACGCAGGGUGGUGCUAGUAUAGACUACGACACUUUAGCAUGUACAUAAUUGUUGAAAAAAGGAUUAAAAAUGCCACAUCUGCUAUAUUAUGCAUAAUUAUUAUAGCUCCAGCUUAUGGUCUAAAACACACGUGUGAGUGUGUGUCCAAAGGUUGUGUACGGCAGUGUUCUACUGCUGUGUCAGUUGUUUGACUAGUGGCAGCUCUGCUCUCUCGCGAAUCUCGUCAAACGAAUACUCUUUCACUAGCUCCCCAUUCUCAAACACCGUCACCAGGAGAUCCUGCACACACAGAGUUGCAUAAACACCACCAAAGUAUAAACAUCUGUACUCUGACUAGUUCAUUACGUAACCAUAGUGUAUGCACAUGGAGAUUAUGUCAGAUUAAGUCAGAGUAGAGAAA